AAACAAAAGCUGAAAAAUCAUCAAAUCAAGAAGACCCAAACAAACUGCAAAUGUUGCGCAACCAACUGUGGCAGCAACGUGCUGCUUGCUGGUGUGUCCAGCUUGGACACCAUUUAUCACCACAAAUCACUGGCAUCCAAAGCAGUUCGAGAGCGAAAAGCAGCAGCGCCGGCAGCACAAAUGCAGCGCGCCAGAGCCGAAUUCUGGGCAAGCUCUUCGGCAGUCGCGUGGCUGGAACGAAGAAACGCUGGUAUCCCAGCUCCGAUAACAGCGCUGACAACAGCAGCAGCAGCAGCAGUUAUCAGCCGCCAAGCCUUGUCUUCCAGUCAUCGCAAUUUGGCAAGAGGAAUGCGGCCGGCUCCAAGCAGAAUACGCGACGGAUGUCGGUGCUGAACAAACUGUUCAUGACAUCGAUCACCGAUCUGCUGGCGACGGGGCAGGCGGCGGAAUCGGUACUGGGACGCAGUCUGCAGGUGUCGCGCGUCAAGAUCUCAUCGGAUUUUGCCUGCAUCAAUGUCUACUGGCUGGGCACCGGGCAGGUGGCGAGCGAUGCGGUACUCGAAGUGCAACUGCAACGCUGCACUGGCCAGCUGAGGCACGAGCUCUCCCAGCUGCGCCUGAUGGGCGAGGUGCCACGCCUCCGAUUCGUGCGCGACAAAAGUGGCAGCAACAGCAACAGCAUCGAAGCCAUUUUGCGAAACAUUAACUUGAACAGUCCCAAGCAGGAGGAGGCCGAUCAGGAGGAGGCCGAUCAGGAGGAGGGGCAGCAGCAAGACGUGACAACCUUUGAUGUGGCGCAAACAGUACGACAGGAAUUCUAUGGCAAUGCCGCUGAGCAAACUGCGGCAGCAACUGGAGCCGCAGCGAUGCCACCGGCGAUGCGGCACGAUGUGCUUGGCCUGGAUCAUCACCUGAUCAUGGAUAAGAUUCUCACCAAGAUGCGCAAGUCGAAGAGCGCCUGGCAGCGUCAGCAACAACAUCAGGAACAAUCAUCAACCGACUGCGACAAACUUGCCUAUCCCCAACCCCAUCCCAACCCCAGUCCACAAUCCGAUCCCCGCGAUGCCAUCAAGUUUGAGGCGUUCCUUGUGAAGAGACGCGAGCGGAAGCAGACGCCGGAACGCAAGAAGCAUAGACGUGAGGAGCUCUAUGAGCAGGCGGAGACGGAUUGGAGGGCAGAUACAAACGAGAGCAAUGAACUGGAGCCGCUGUCCCAGAAGGAUUACAUUCUGGAGGAGCACAUGGACGACAGUCUGCACGACUACCGCAAACCAUCAUCUUGAAAAAACACAAACAAUAAACAACAUUUAGAAAACAGUUCGUUUCAACGAAAUUUAAAAUGUUAUUUUCUUAUCUUUUAUUAUUGUGCGCAAUUUUUCUGAAUAAUAGUAUUAGUCUGACAACACAUAAUAUAUCAGGAGAGGUAUUCAACUCUCCAUAAUAUUAGUUAUAUAAAAAAAAUAUGAAACAAUUCGUUUCAGGUUGUUUCUGUUAAUGAAAUCAAAUUUCAAGCAGGCGAAAAUUAAAAUUAAAAGUAUUAGUUACAAAAUGUUAGCCCACUAAAUUUAAAAAUAAGAAUCCUAACUUUCUUAGCAAUUUUUGUAAAUACUACAUUUUAAAGUCAUAUGUACAGUAAAAUUAGUUUGUUUCUAAUGAGUCUUUGGUAUGCAAAUCAAGUUGAUUGUUUUUAUCAAUCUAUGAAAUGCUGCGAAAAAUGUGCAGAGAAGUAAUAAAAGCAGACCAAAAUGUUGAAUAUCGUUA